GAGCCCCGGCGCGCCGCUGAGGGGACGGGGAGCUUCCUCCUGUCUCCGGGCUCGGGUCGGGAAGGAGCCGGCUCGCGGCAUCCCGGUCCGCAUCCCGGUCCGCAUCCCGGCUCGGCUCGUCCCGCCUCGGGUAUGGGCCGGCCCGCUUGAGAGCCCGCUGCUGCCCGGAGCGCCGGUGGCCAAGGAAGAUGCGCUCGGUGCGGGGGGCGGCCGGCCUCCUGCUGCUGUGCGGCGCUUCCUUUGGUCUGUACUUCCCCAGAAAGGAGUACUCAGAGAACGUCUACAUUGACCAACCAGCAGGAACGCCGCUCCUGCGCAUCCACGCCUUGAGGGAUUCACAUGGGGAGUCAGCCCACUUUCAUCUGUGCCAGAAUCUCAUCAUUUCUCGAGCGAGAUCCCAUGAAAAUCACUGGUUUCAAAUCAGAGAAAAAAUGGGACUUCUCUACCUCAGCAAGAGCCUAGAUAGAGAGGACUUCAACAUGCUGUCUGUAGGAAACUGGAUGCCGUUAUCAAAGGUGAUGCUGUAUGUCUUCCUCUCAUCCCACCCUUUCCAAGAGAAGGAAUGUGACUCUGCUACUCGUACCACAGUUGUCCUCUCUUUGAUCAAUGCUACUGCACCGGCUUGCAGUUCACUGACAGCACGGCAGCUUUGCUUCACAGAAAUGGAUCUCUCCUUUCACAUCAAGGAGAAUAAACCCCCUGGUACAUUUCAUCAGCUCCAGCUACCCUCAGUUCAUCAUCUGUGUCAGAAUCUCAGCAUUACCUACAGACUUUUGGCAGCCGAAGGCCUGCCUUUUCGGUACAAUGAGAACACCACUGGUGUGAGCGUAACACAGCGCCUAGAUCGAGAGGAGAGAGAGAGAUACGAGCUGAUCGCCAAAUGCACCGUGAGAGAAGGCUUCAGGGAAAUGGAGGUUGAGGUGCCCUUCCUCAUCAACGUGUUAGAUGAAGAUGACUCUCCUCCCUUCCUUCCCAACGGCACCGACACCGCAGAUGCUGUCGUGGAGUUCAAUAGAAAAGAGGGAACUGUCCUUGCAACGCUAACUGUGUAUGAUGCGGACACCACGCCUAUUUAUCCCCUUGAAAGCAGCAGAAAGAAAUACACAGGAACAAUAAUUACUGACGAUCCAUGGAUAAAUGAAACAUUUCGAGUGGAGCACAUUUUUGAAGAGAUCCACUUCAGCCCAAAUGGCAGCCAAGUGAGGGGAACUCAACAUGAAUACAAACUGGUACUGAAUAAAAGUAUUUCAGUCACAGAGCAUCGUUCCUUCCAGUUGGAUGUUUUGGUGAACGACACAGAAUUUAAUGGCCCAGAAAGAUCAGUGAUGCUUCAUUUCAAUGUCUCCAUCCUCCCUGUCAGCAUUCAGUUUCCAAACACAACUUAUCGCUUCACAGUAAACCGAAACGCUCAACGUUUUGCACAAAUAGGAAAGAUCUGCAUCGAGAACUGUAUGAAAUUCCGUGGUGUGAACAUCACCUACAAGUUGCUGUCCCCCAAUGCCAGCUGCUAUGCUGUUGGCAUACUUCAAGGCCGAGAAGACAAAUAUGGAAGCAUUUAUGUGAACGAUUCCUCUGUGCUACUUAGACCCGAAUGCAAAGAAAUACAAUACACUGUUCAAGCUACAGACAAGCAGAGCAGGAAACAUACCAAAACCCUUCUCACUGUUGUAUUAGAAGGAACUGUUUUUAAAAAAGAAGAGGACUGCCCCGACUCUUGUGCUAUGAGCAAGCACCUUGCAGAAUGUGAAGAGUGUGGUGGCCUGGGAGUGCUAACAGGAAGAUGCCAGUGGAGACAGGGGAGUGGAAAAGGAAUCACCACAAACUAUUCCACGUGCACCCCAAGUAUCAAGACUUGUCCAGAUGGCACCUGUGAUAUCGUGGAGAGCAAAGAUCCAGCUAUUUGCCCCCAGGACUGCACAAAUGGAAAUAUUAUUGGUGGUCAUGGGAAAGGCACUGGAAAUCUUGGAAUUAAGUCAGGACAUGGGAUUUGUUACUGCUUCCCAAGACAGAACUGUUAUUGUGAGAAAGAUGAUAUCAAGGAGCAAUUUUGUGAUGAAGUGUGCAAGACUGUGAUAGCGGGAGCAGUGCUGUUGUCCUUCAUCAUCUCGGUGCUGCUUUCUUCCUAUUUCAUCCAUCGCUACCACAAGAAUUCUCCAAAACCACCUAUUGCCUCUGCAGAAAUGACAUUCCGGCGCCCAGCCCAAUCGUAUCCCAUCAGUUAUUCUUCUACUAACGUCCGUCGGCCUUCUUUAGACUCCAUGGAGAACCAGGUGUCUGUAGACACCUUUAAGAUACCGGAAGAUCCAAAGUGGGAAUUCCCUCGGAAGAACCUGGUUCUAGGCAAGACUCUUGGAGAAGGAGAAUUCGGAAAGGUUGUCAAGGCAACAGCUUUCAGGCUCAAGGGAAGAGCUGGCUAUACUACUGUGGCAGUGAAAAUGCUAAAAGAAAAUGCUUCCCAGAGCGAGCUGCGAGAUCUGCUUUCAGAGUUCAACCUUUUGAAACAGGUGAACCAUCCUCAUGUCAUCAAACUUUACGGAGCCUGCAGUCAAGAUGUUAACAGUGCUGGUCGGAUACCUGUUAAAUGGAUGGCCAUAGAAUCCCUAUUUGAUCAUAUCUAUACAACACAGAGUGACGUGUGGUCGUUUGGAGUUCUGCUCUGGGAGAUUGUAACUUUGGGAGGCAAUCCCUACCCAGGUAUUGCUCCUGAAAGACUCUUUAACCUCCUAAAAACAGGCUAUAGAAUGGAGAGACCAGAAAACUGCAGUGAAGAAAUGUACAACCUGAUGUUGCGCUGCUGGAAGCAAGAACCAGAUAAAAGACCAACAUUUGCUGAGAUCAGCAAGGAGCUAGAGAAAAUGAUGGUGAAGAGUAGGGACUACUUAGAUCUUGCGGCUUCCACCCCUUCUGAUUCCUUACUUUAUGAUGAUGGGCUCUCAGAAGAGGAGACACCUCUCGUGGACUGUAAUAAUGCUCCCCUCCCUCGAACCCUUCCUUCCACAUGGAUUGAAAACAAACUCUAUGGCAUGUCAUACCCGAACUGGCCUGAGGAGAGUCCCGUUCCACUCACAAGAUUCGAUGGCACUAACUCUGUGUUUUCAAGAUAUGCAAAUGAUAGUGUAUAUGCUAACUGGAUGGUUUCACACUCAGCGGCAAAAUUUGUGGACAAGUUUGAUAGCUAAAAUUUUCUUUGUGAAAGGUAAUGGACUCGUGAGGGGAACAAACAUGCAAAGAAUGGAAAGUCCAGUGGCUCGUUCUUUGUACAGUCAACAACCUUUAGAUUGGCAAACUCUUUUAUUGGUAGUUUUUAAAGUGUGUUAUUCAUGAUGAAAGCUAUAAUUGGUGAUUUCCCCUUUCAGAAAGCAUAUCAAGCUGGAUAAGAGUUGUAGUUCCAGUACUUCUUUUUAGAUUGCCACUUCGCGUAGGGUUCCAUUUGCCAACUUCUAACUGCAAAUGGCUCUGCGCUUCAUUCUCACAAUUUUUUAGAUUAACCGUCCUGUUUUACAACCUUAUUGGAUGGGAAAAUGUACUUGAACUGCUACUUUUAUAGUGGCUGUUUGCAUACGACCACUUGAUCUAAGUAGGAAGCACAAAUAUAUGGAAGGGAGGGGGGAAAAUACGCUCCCACGCUACUGAUCUUGCUAUCAGAUGAGAAGGGUUACAAUGAUGUUGGCACUAAUGAAGCCUGUAUCUUGGUUUAGAAGCAAACAUUAAGUAACUCAAUAGAGCACUUGAGAUUCAACAUUUGAAGUCUUGUAAAAUGUAUUGUCUUGUCUUAAUGAGAAGAGAGUUUGUUUUAUUAGUCUUAAUUGCUCUUACCUUUAGCACAAUGGAGAUAAAUUUAAUACAAGAUAUGCUGUAUAGGCCGAUGGCAAUCAAGAGUGUUCAUCUGACACGAUUUAUUUUCCGUCAUAUACGUCUUACUAAUGUGGAAAAGUAUGACCUUGUACAAUCACAGUUCCUUUGACGAGUUCAAUUUGGACUGUAGAGGAAUUUUUAGUCUGAAUUAAAGAGAUUUUGUUUGCAGUCAUGUUCAGUGGGUUGGAGUUCUCCUCUCAGCUCAGAAUUGGAUACACUGCCAUGCACAGAACACUGCCGUGACACAGCUCCAAGUAAACCAAUUAUCUGAAAGUUACGAGUAAGCAACACUUGCACAGUAAAAGUGGUCUAUUACUCUACUGUUAAUGAACCCAUACCAAGCAAAUGUCAUCUGGAUUUGUUAAGGUGAAAUAUAAAAACGUGUGCCUACAACACUGACUUGCUAUUUAGGAGAAUGGUCUGACUACGGGUCAUGUGUUCUAUGUGGAAGAGUAAAUGAUCAGCACUAUUUUUGUCUUUAUUUGUAAUCUAAUAUGGUUAAAGAUGGCUUUUGUUUCGCUACAAAUGUUGGGAUGUGAAUCCCGAGUGACUCGUUGUUAACGUUGUGAUGAUUAUUCUAAAUAAUCCAAUUCUACCAAAGCUUGCUCCAAUUUAGCUGUUUCCAGAUGUUGUUUUGUGUACAAACUUUAUGUUUCCAUUAAAGUCUGUGAUUUCAGAAACGAGAGAGUCAGACUGCCAAAAC